AUUUCUAUAUAACAUUGCUUUCAUAACCUACAUUUUAUUCAGUAGCGACUAAUAUAAUUUUUGUUAUACGUAUUAAAUAUUACAGUGUUUGUAAUAUAAUUUUUAAUACAGUUUAUUUGAGAUAUACUAUGACUGUUGUACCUCAUAAAUUACGUAUACUUGCUAUUCACGGAUAUGCUCAAUCAGAUGUUAUUUUCAAGACGAAAUUGGGAUCACUGAGAAAAGGAUUUAAAAAAGAUGUAGAGUUUGUAUUUUUAAAUGCACCUCAUCGAGUGUCGAUGAAAAGUAAUUUUGGCAGUGAUAAGAUAGAAGGUUAUGCGUGGUGGUUCAAUACGGAAGACCAUAUAUUUAAAGCAACUACGCCAAGCAAUUUAUCUGUAGGUUUUGAAGAUAGUUUGACUUUAAUUGAGAAAACGUUUAAAGAGUCUGGCCCAUUCGAUGGUAUUUUGGGCUUUUCGCAAGGAGCAAGUUUUGUUACUAUAUUAUGUUCCAUGCAGCAAAAGAAAUUACUGCGAAUCAAAUUUGAUUUUGCAAUUAUUAUAUCCGGAUUCAAAUCGUUGUGCGUACCUCACGCAACAUAUUACGAUGAAAAAAUAAGUAUCCCCGCUUUAAUUAUUUAUGGGGAGAGUGAUAAAAUUAUUCCACCAGAAAUGGUACAGGAAGUUGGUAAAUUGUUUAUUAAUGAAACAGUAUUAAAGCAUGAAGGUGGUCACUAUAUACCAAGUAAAAAAGAAUUUUACAAAGAUUUUAUAAUGGCAAUGGUACUGAAUAAAAACAAAGAUAAUUGUUAAUAUCUAAUCAUGCCGUAUGACAUUCAAAGAAUAAUAUAAUGUAUAAAUAUAGCAAGAGCUUAUAUAGAUUGUAUUACAAAAUAUAAUCUCUGUUGAGUAAUAUUGAUAAAUUUAUUCAAAUCAGCUAUAAAUAAACAUCAUACAGUAUACAUUAGAGGUAAAGAUCAUUAAAUAAACUAUAUUGGGUCAUCCAUAUGGCAACAAGUUAGAGUAAAACCACAAAUGUGAAAAUUUUCACCAUUUCUAGUAGAAAUGUAUUUCAAAAUCAUUGGGUGAUUUUUUUUUUUAUUCCUAGUUUUAUGCGUAAUUUAUAAAUGCGAGUUAUACACAUUUAUGGUUCUAUCAUAAGAGGGAUGAUAUAAAAUAUAUUUAUAAUACACAAUCAUUUAGUAUUUUACUGAACUUUAU